AUGGACUGGACCGGCGGUACACGACGCCGCUUCACCAAAGGCAAAUACAACUCCGUGGUACAGAAACAGAAGGAGCAUUUUGCCAGAGCCCGAGCGGCACAGCACCAGCAGGACGAGCAUUUGGACUGGCCUGGGAACUCGGUCGAUGCUCUUGCUUCGCGACAGCACCGGCCUACAAUGGCCUCAUCUCAAUCUGCAAAUAUUCGACAUCACCCGACGAGCUCGAAGGCAUCGCGUUCGUGCAGAAGGGAGGCCGAUCACGCACCAUCGCAUUCACGAGGACCCUCACAUACGUCAAGGAUGGCGCUGCCACCGAUGCCCGCCAAGUCCUCCCGGCUCAAUCCAAAUGUGACUGAUGAGGAGAGGCUGCUGCUUGCCAACCGCAAACGACUCCUUGCUCGCAGUGAUUGGUUGGGUCUGGCGGCUUCACGUCCUGCUCGCAUAAAGUUCCCAACGCCGAGCGACAAAGAUCGAGUGGGCAAACGACGCAAAAUCAGCAAAUCGACGUGUGGAAGUCACAGGCCCAAACCUGCCCGUCGAAGAUCGAUCACGCCUCUUUUCGAGCACAGACUUCCUCCGUUCGAACCCAUGAUGAGCGGAGCACUUGCUGACGACGAGAUUCAAGUCAAGGUCGGGACUGAUGCUUUUGUCAGUCAGAGUCAAGUCUCUCAUCCCGCUGUACCGCUAGCAAAUACCAGUAUGCGCCAGCCUUCCACCGAGUUUGGUCCUUUGUCUGAAGAGUCGAUGUUGCUGGGCGUGGAUGAUGAUGGAUUUGAGAUUGAUGCGAAUGGCCAAUAUCUGGGAGUGAUUGGAUCGGCGAGGACACUGGCCAGCGGAUCUGAGUACGGCCAAGCUUGGUCGGUGAUCCAAUCUGUAGACGACUUUGCAUCGCCAACGAACUCAAUCGCUCCUACUUUUGCAACAACACAUCAAGGCAUGGCUAUGCGAGACGACAUCCAGUGCGUUAGCGACGCUCCAGAUCAAGGCGCUUUAGUGGCAAUGCAGAGCUGUCUAUCACAUGACAUUCGUGACCCGGAGGCCCAAAGUGUCGCGCACGAUGUGGAAGCAUUCGACCCGGCGAUCUUGCAACCUGAGCCCAUGAAGGGAACGCCAUCGACCGAUGUCGAUCCGGAAGAGGAUGAGCGACGAUGGCGGCGUGCUAUGCGUAUCCCAGAGCCACCUCAGAUGGGAAAGACUUCGAUUGCGGCUCUGAGGUCAUCAAGUGAACAUGUGACUGAGUCUGUUGCGAGCGCCUGGCCGGUCCGGAGCAGUCAUGAGGCCAGUGACAGGGAACACGCGUUUCGAACAGGAUCAGCAAAUCCUCGCCCACGUCGCCUUGAGGAUCAAGUCCAAGACCACGCAUCCCAUGACACAUCCAAUGGGCGACCUGCUAUCGCAGAUGUUCUGCCAGCAACAGUGCCACCACAGCAAGCUGAUGAUCAGAGGCUUGAGCCUGACGAUCAAGUUCGCGAUGAUGAAGCACUCUGGAGAGACUUCAUCUUGGGUAAAGGACGAAGUGAAAGUGACUGCUCAGAACACGAGGACGGUGUCUGGGCUGCAGAGCAAGGCGAGGCUGUUCAGCGAGCUUCUCAGAGCACGUCAUCGAGAGUGGGCAUCGAACAGGCUCGGUCGGACCAGGCCACACUUGGUGAUUCUAUCUUUGCAUCUGCACGGCUAUCCGAAAACAAUGCGAACGGUCCUCUUGGAGACCAGUAUGAGAAAUCCCAUGGCCACACGACCACCUCUAUGGUUGGACAUGCGACUGUCGUUGACUGCGAGGAAGAUGAGAUUGACGAUGUGUAUCCAGACGACUCUGUAUCACGAGCAGUGGGAAAUACUAACGUUGCCCGUUCGGUCUCUAUGCUAAACCCGAGACGGUUCAGACCCCAGAAGCCACCGACGUCUUCUUCGCAAGAACCGUACAAUCCUCAUCGCUUCAAGAUUCGUGCGGUGGAGAAGUCUGUUUGGUAG